CUCUUAUUACCAACAGGACGCAGCCUUCUUUUUCCUGUUGCUGCACUCGAUGGUCGAUGGCCACACUCACACUGCAUCUAUCGGCUCUCGUAUUAUUAGGCUUCUCUCUACUAGCUAGCUAGUUAUAAGUACAAGCAACAGAUAGAUACGACCACAUCGACAGAAGAAGACACAACACAGUAAUCAAACACAAUCAAUCACAAUGAUGAAUAGCUUCCGAACUAGCAUGACAUCGUCGUACAAUCGGUCCGGCACCCGUAGUACAUCGGGUGGUAGUGGUAGUUCGGGCAUCUAUAGCAGCAGCAGCACGCGACAGCACUCGAAUGGCGAUGAACGAGCGGCUCGACGCGUCAUGGCGAGUCGAUUGGUCUUCUUGACGUGCCUAUUAGUAGUGUGCAUCUUGUUGGGUGUUGGCGCGCAUCGACUCUUGACGGACAGUGAAACGCAAUUGGCGCACGAACAGUUCAAUGCCAUUGCGACACGGGCAUUGGAAGAAGCGCUCCAAAUUACACUCCGCAAACGAUUGGGCGUCAAAGCCAUGGCGGCGGUCAUGUCGUAUCAAUUCCCCGAUGCGGCGCAAUGGCCCAAUGUCUCCAUGGUGGGAUUUGAUGACAUUGCCAAGUCGAUCAUGGACGUGUCGGCCGUCAACAAGACACUCAAGCAUCUGGGAUUGUGUCCCUUUGUCACACCCGAUCAAUUAGAAGCGUUUGAAGACUACGCUUACCAUAUCGCCUUUUCACAAAUCAACGACUAUCCGGAUCAUAUUGGACUCCGCGAUUUCAAUGGCGAUGGCAAUUUGACACAAGGCGUUCAUGGAUUUGAUGCCGACUUGCAAAUCUAUCGAGAAACCAAUGCGCAGUACGACUGGGACAAUCAGUACAAUCUCUUUUGUCCGUUUCUCAUGCACAGUGCCACACACGAAAUUCUACUCAUGAAUAUCAAUUCCAUGGAUCGAUUUGGAAAAACCGUCGAGGAAAUGAUUACGUGUGCCAAUGGUAAUGAUCUGCACAUGAAUAUGAAUAAUCAGACUGAUGAAGAACAAGAUGAACAAGAUCAUAUCAUCAAUAUGAGAGACCAAUUGACGGAAUGUGCCAUUUUGGGAGACAUGAUGGUCACAUACGAUGCCAAUGCACAACCCAAGAGUCCAGGAGGAUUGGUCGUACAACCCAUUUAUCCAAAGAAUAAUCCGACACAAGUGGUCGGGCUGGUCAUGACCAUUUACGAAUGGGAAGAAACCAUGGCGGCUCUCUUUACCAAUAGUCGAGAAGUCAAUGGGAUUGAUUGUGUACUACAAACAGAAACACAAGCCAUUUCCUAUCACAUUCAACAGGGGAUCUCUUCCGUCACAGGAAUGGGAGACUUGCACGAUCCUCGCUACACUACCUACGGACAAUCCAUUGAACUCACGUCCAAGGAAGUCUUUGGAUAUACGUCGGCAUCCUACACACUCACAUUGUAUCCUUCCGCGGAAUUCCUCGAGGUUUACAGUACCACCAAUCCAUUGGUCACGGCCAUUGGAUCGGUGUGUAUCGUCCUCUUUACGGCCAUUCUAUUCUUUCUCUAUGAUUUCUUUGUCCGACAAGAAUUUCAUCGCAAACAAUCCAUUCUAGAAGCGAAACGACGAUUUGUACGAUUUGUCUCGCACGAAGUGCGAACGCCACUCAAUACCAUUUGUAUGGGAUCCGAUUUACUCCAACAAGAAAUGACACAGUAUCAAAAGACGCAGCAAAAGAACCAAAACAACAAUAACAACAACAAGAAGAAGGAUUUGCAAGACAAACUGACCGAUUGGUCCAGUUUGAAUCAGGAAGUCAUUGCCAAUGCCAAGGCGGCCGUCAAUGUACUCAGUGAUUUGCUCAAUUACGACAAGGUAGAAACCAAAUCGUUGCAUCUGGAACUGGCGCUGUUGCCCAUUUGGGCAUUGAUACAGCGGACCACGGAGGAAUUCAAAAUAUACGCAUUGGCCAAACAAAUAUGUUACAAAGUCGACUAUUCGGCACUCUUACAGCAGCCACCGCCAAUGACAACAACAGAGACAGAGACGGCGGCAUGUAACGACGACAGUGAUGUGCUAGAGAGAGGAGAGAACAACACGUCGGCUUCAAAAGCAACUUUUAGAACGAUAACCUCCACGAGGGACUUGCCCCUCGACGUGCGAGAACAAAUUGUCGUGGGAGACGGGGUCCGGAUCACACAAGUGCUGCGCAACUUUUUGUCCAAUGCCGUCAAAUUUACACCCGAGAAAGGCAACAUUACAGUUCGUGUAUCCUGGCAGCAACGGUCCGAUGUCCUGCCGGAUGCCACCAAGAAAAAGGUCGAGUUUGCAUUGGAGCGGGGGGACGUGGUCGAGUUUCCGCCAAGUGGAUACCUUCAGGUCGAUGUGCAAGACAGUGGCGCGGGGAUGAGUCCACAAGAAGUUAGCACCGUCUUUGGCGAAGGGGUGCAAUUCAAUGUCAAUAAAUUGCAAGCAGGGCAAGGCAGUGGUUUGGGAUUGUUCAUUGCCAAGGGCAUUGCAGAGCAACAUGGAGGACAACUGAUGGUGUCUUCCGAGGGUCAUGGACAUGGAUCCACCUUCACCAUGAUUCUACCACUGUAUCACGCUCCAGUUUGUACGCUUCCCGACAACCUAAAGAGUGCUUUUGAAGAGCGGGAGGGACCCGAUAGCUCCGAGGAUACACUGGAAGCCUUCAAAAUUCUGGUCGUCGACGAUACCGAUAUGAACCGGAAAUUGUUGGUACGAUUACUAGUCGGAAAAGGGCACACUUGUGGUCAAGCCGAAAAUGGCCAAGUGGCUGUGGAACUCAUGAAGGCAGCCAUGGACGAAGGCACUCCCUACGAUGUUGUCCUGCUCGAUUAUGAAAUGCCAGUCAUGAAGGGACCAGAAGCGUGCAGACAAAUGCGCGAAUUGGGCUGUAGUGCCUUUUGUGUUGGUGUAACGGGCAAUCUACUUCCCGAAGACAUUCUGUAUUUCAAGGCCCAUGGAGCGAAUUGUGUCUUGCCCAAACCCAUCAACAUUCGUGAUUUGGAAGCCACGUGGGUGGAACAUGGAGUUUCCACCCAAGGAGACAUCCCGGGUGAAUACCACCCAGUUCCCCCUAGCAUCACACCAAAACUUACAUGAAAAAGGAUCGAUCGAAGUUAAGAGCCGGAGAUCGAGCGAGGGACUGAAGGAAGCAACUACAAGAGCGACUUCCAAAAGGGGGUGACAAUGGAGAUGUCUCCUGACAUCUCUUUCUGCUACACAAUAUUUUUUUAAAUAGAGGACAAUUUACUAACGUUACCACGAACUUCAUAGGCAAUCGAUUGUUCUAUACGUAGAUGGUUGUUUUGCCAUUGGCCC